GUUAUCUUUGAACCUCUCACUCCCUCCAGUUCAACUUCCAGCUAGAGAGUCUGGAAGAACACCAAGACCCACACUUUCUGCCUCUAUCACCCCAAUUUUACAGUCUAAAGACAGCCAAUCAUUACCUUCGCUGCCUCACCUGUCAGAUCAUAUGUCUCAGCUUCACAGCGUUCGAUCCUUACCAUCACCACCACUGCCUCCUCGAAAGCCUCCUCUCAACCUUUCAUUUACUGAGGAACUGACAAGUCCACCAGUACCUCUUCGACCCUGUGUUCUGCCCAAACCAUCCCUUGAGAGUCAGCCACCCUCAGAAACCAAACCACCUUUCGAAAUCAAACCGCCUCUUGAAAGCAAACCUUCCCGCAGAACUGAAAUGCCCAUGGCAGCACAUCUCCCAACACCAGACCUUUCACCACAGAAUGCCAUAGAAGCUGUCCAGUGUCAUAGGGAAGAACAAAUAUAUAGCACACCAAAGACAAUGAAAGCAAAGCUCUUACCUUUGGUGGGGAAAAACAGGGGUGAUGCAGUACAUGCAAAUACUUUUCCCAGCUUGUACACUGGCAAUAGCACAAACAUUUCUAGAGCCUCUGUGCCAGGUAGCAGUAAUAAAGAAAAACGCAUUUACAAUGUAGCUGCUCCCUCCAACUGCUCAGCUACACCACAGCCCCCAGGGAGAUCGUAAAUCAUCUUCAGGUGC